ACGUCGUGCUGCGAAUGACGCGUCUAAGUGUCAGCAAAACGGUAGCGGGUCCUGGGAAUAUGAAAGUUGUUUAGCCUUUAUAGUGUUGUGAUUUGUAUCGCUUAUAGAUUUUUGAACCCUGUUUAGAAAUAAAAAAAUGGAACAGCCAGCGCCUAAAAGCAAACUGAAAAAACUGAGUGAAGACAGUCUUACAAAGCAGCCAGAAGAAGUAUUUGAUGUUCUGGAAAAACUUGGUGAAGGAUCAUAUGGCAGUGUAUUUAAAGCAAUACAUAAGGAGUCUGGCCAGGUAGUAGCAAUUAAACAAGUUCCAGUUGAAUCCGAUCUCCAGGAAAUUAUUAAGGAGAUUUCUAUAAUGCAACAGUGUGACAGCCCGUAUGUAGUGAAGUACUAUGGCAGCUAUUUUAAAAACACUGACCUAUGGAUUGUUAUGGAGUAUUGCGGAGCAGGCUCUGUUUCUGAUAUAAUCAGAUUACGAAAUAAAACAUUAACAGAAGACGAAAUUGCAACGAUUCUUAAAUCUACAUUAAAAGGCCUUGAAUAUUUGCACUUUAUGAGAAAAAUUCACAGAGACAUUAAAGCUGGAAAUAUUCUCCUUAAUACUGAAGGACAUGCAAAACUCGCUGAUUUUGGAGUUGCUGGCCAGUUAACAGAUACCAUGGCAAAACGUAACACUGUGAUAGGUACUCCUUUUUGGAUGGCUCCAGAGGUAAUACAAGAGAUUGGUUAUAACUGUGUGGCUGACAUCUGGUCUCUAGGAAUCACAUCCAUAGAAAUGGCUGAAGGCAAGCCUCCCUAUGCUGACAUUCAUCCAAUGAGAGCUAUUUUUAUGAUUCCCACAAAUCCACCACCAACAUUCCGGAAGCCGGAGCUCUGGUCAGAUGAGUUCACUGACUUUGUAAAAAAAUGUUUAGUGAAGAGCCCAGAGCAGAGAGCUACUGCAACACAGCUUUUGCAGCAUUCAUUCAUAAAAAAUUGCAAACCAGUGUCUAUCUUAAGAGACCUAAUCACAGAAGCUAUGGAAAUCAAGGUGAAGAAACACCAAGAACAGCAAAGGGUAUUGGAAGAGGAAGAUGAAAAUUCAGAUGAGGAUGAGCUUGAUUCCCAUACUAUGGUUAAAACAAACUCGGAAAAUGCUGGUACUAUGAGGGUUUCCAGUACAAUGAGUGAGGGUGCACAAACAAUGAUUGAACACAACAGUACUACUCUGGAGUCAGAUUUAGGAACCAUGGUAAUAAACAGUGAUGAUGACGAUGAAGAAGAAGAAGACGGGACUAUGAAGAGAAAUGCCAGUUCAAUGCAGCAGCAAAGGCCAUCUUUUAUGAACUAUUUUGAUAAACAGGAACCGAAGACUAAAUCAAUUGAAAAUUGUAAUCAGAACUCACAAGAACCACUUCACAUUGCCAAAAACAUUUUUCCUGAUAACUGGAAGGUUCCACAGGAUGGUGACUUUGAUUUUCUAAAAAACCUAGGUUAUGAAGAGUUACAAAUGCGGCUAAGUGCACUGGACCCUAUGAUGGAGCGAGAAAUUGAAGAGCUUCGUCAGCGUUACACAGCUAAACGACAACCUAUUCUUGAUGCAAUGGAUGCCAAAAAACGAAGACAGCAAAACUUCUGAUUUUAUAGCUUUUGAAACUGCAAGCUUGAAUAACAGAAAUAAACUGAUUGCUGUGUAAUUGCCUACUUACAUUUUAAUAUGCAUUGAAGACAUAGUGAUUGGCUAAUUAUGAAAAUGUUACAUUUGGAAGGAAUUUGCUCUCUUGACCCAUUUUACUGUGACCAAAUGCUUUUAAUAAGAGGGACAUCUUUACCUAGAGCGCAGUAUUGGAUGUUUUAGCAAUUCCAUCACCUCUGAACUGGAUUUUAUCACACGUUUUUAAACCUGCUAGAAAAUGCUAAUUUAAAAACCAAAGAAUAAGUCUUAGAGAUAAUUUUUUUCGGCUUGAACAACAUUCAGUAUUGCCAAUAAUUAUUCUUUGGGUGCCUUCGGUUGCAUUCCCUCUUUGUGCUGGGUGAUGUCACUGUGCAACACACUGUAUAUCUAGAAUUCCAUAGUAGUACAAGACUGAUCUUAAGGCAUUGUUUUCACAGUGAGCUCAAUCAUGGAUAUAUUUUAUUUUUAUUUAUUUUUCCUGGCAUUCCUUUUGCAUUCUAGUAUGUCUGAAUUCUUAGUGAAAUGUAGGUGCAAGGUUUGAGUCAGUACGUGUUUGUAUAUUCGACUUUCAUAAAAAAAAAAAUAUGCUUAUGUGCCACUGUAUAACACAGACAGGGACCAAUCACAUUUAUAAAAUGAACAUCCAUGUUGUCACUAUGCAUCAUUCAUUGUAUGUAUUAGAUUCUGUAUAUAAAUAGUCAUGCCAAAUAAAAACCCAUUAAGAGGUUCUGUGCAUUUUGACAUAAAUUUACAUUUUGUUGUUAGAAUAUUUUGUAUUUCUGAGCUCACGUUAAAGAAAGAUUUGCAAAAGACUUAUUUCAAAACAUGCUUUCCAAACUUCAGAGGAAUAAAUCAUGAAGGAUUUUGUUACUUAAA